AUCGCUAAAUGGCUCAUCACCGUGCCGCCCAACGAGCGCUUACAUCUUUCGUCGACAAUGUCGUACGGGGCCUACGUUCGCUCGCCGUCUCCUGUAUUUUCAGACUCUACCGUGCAACAAGAUGACUCCUCAUCAGACGAAUCACUUGUUCAACCAAGCGUGAGCCAAACGGGCUCGCCGGGGCCUGUAAAUGCUGAGCAUGGGGAGGCAGCAGGGUCGGACACGAUGACAUGUCUCUGGGACGACUGCGGUGUCAUCUUCAGCCACCUCCCCAGUCUCAUAGAACAUAUCCACACAACGCACAUUGGCGUGCACAAGUCGAACUACACUUGCGAGUGGGCGACAUGCAACCGUCGCGGGCUCGCACAGACUUCGCGAUUCGCCCUCAUAUCUCAUAUCCGCUCUCAUACCGGCGAGAAGCCGUUCAUUUGCUCCCGGCCAGAAUGCGACAAGUCCUUCACCCGCUCCGACGCACUGGCAAAGCACAUGCGACUACAACAUAACAUGCCCCCUCCACCCUCCGGCCGUGGCUCCCUAAGCACACGCAAACGCAAGCGGUCUCUCUCUCCCACCCACCCUCAAGCCAACGCGCCCGCGCCCGAGCAGUCCGCAUUUAACACCUUCAAGCUCGAACCACAGACGCCUUCUGAGCUUGAAAACGGCAUCGGGGGUGGAGGGGAUUAUUUCUCGGCCCUCACGCGCGAGGAAGACGACGAUGAAGACUAUGGAGAGGAUGAUGGACUUCCACCGCAUUUGCAGAGGCUCAUGGACCCUAGGACUGGUCUGAUCAUGGGCCGCACGCCUGCGCUAGUCAUGUACAUAAUUCAAAAGGCGAAAAUGCGCUACGCGCUCGACACCCAUGCGGCGCUCAUCGAGGAACUCAGGAUCACGAGGGCACAGGCGAAGGAAGAAAAGGUAAAGAAAGAGAUAAUGCUGGAUGACUUGAUCAAGACUGUAUUUGGAGAAGAAGCAACCACUGCUGUCUCGUCAGUUUUCCCCCUAUCUCCAGCACGCCAGGGCCUACCACCGCAACCGCAUCAUGGGCCAGGCCCGUAUCCACCGCAACAUGUGCAUUGAGACUCCAGUACCCUAAACCCCUCUUGUAUUAUCGUUCUGCUUUCUUGCAUUAUUGUUAUUAUGAUUUUCGCUUUGCCCGUGCGUAUCAUGAAAGUUCACGCGGCUGGUGACUCAGAUCUUAUC